AUGGGCGAGAUUGAAAAACCUAGGCCAAGGAUCGUAUGGAACCGUUUAUUUACAACAUCAACAGAUGCUAAUGAUAUAGAUGGAUUGUUUGCAGUGAAAAGUACGAAACUUGAAGACUCUUUUAGUCUUCAGAAGGAGAGAAGGAUAUUAGGAAGAUUUCUUGGUUCUAAUGAAGUUAUAGGAUGCUAUGGAGAUUGUGUGAGUGUUGAACGAGGGGUGUUCAAGUACAGUCUUUUGUUGGAGUAUGCUCCUAAGGGCUCUCUUCUAAAUUUGAUGAAAGAUUAUGGAGGUAGGGGUCCGGAGAGCCAUGUCAGGAAAUACACGCAGAUGCUGCUGAAGGGGUUAUCUUGCAUUUACUAUAAUGGUCAUGUGCAUUGCGAUCUUAAACUUGCAAACAUCCUGGUUUUUCCUUGUCGAGAUCAUGGAGUAAAGGGUCAUCAUCUUAAGAUUGCUGAUUUUGGGCUGGCUAGAGAGCCUGGAGAGGACGAUUCGGAUAAGUUGUUGCAUAUGUAUCAAUACCGCGGGACGCCAUGCUAUAUGUCUCCUGAGUCUGUGCAAUUUGUUGAGAUCACAUCGGCUUUGGAUAUAUGGUCUCUUGGUUGCAUUGCUGUUGAGAUGAUCAAAGGACGGAUUGCUUGGGUAACUUUGGAUUCGAAAGAAUUAUUCAAUAAGCUUGUCCGUGGGAAUGAAUCACCAAUGAUUCCUGAAAAUAUGCCAGAGAAAGGAAAAGAUUUCUUGAGGGGGUGCUUUGAGAGAGAUCACUGUGAGAGGUGGUCUGCUGAUAGCCUCCUGACUCAUUCUUUCAUUCUCGACGAGCUACUGCCGCCAGUGGAAACGAAGACUGGAGAAUUGUCGAGCUCCCACAUUGAUGGUGUAGUUCUGUCUGUGGUCAAUUUUGUAUUAUGUUCAAAUUAGGUUUCCAGGCAGAAAAAGUGCAUGCUCUGAUAAACUU